AAAAAUUAUAAAAAAUUAAGUAAGUUUGGAUCAGUUUUAUAUAUGAACCAAAGGUUGAGAGGUGAACUGAAGCUAACAUUUCUCAGGCACAUCCCAUCUUGACCGCAAUGGCAGAGGCAAUCGCUACAACAAAGAGGUAUGCAGUUGUAACAGGGUCAAAUAAAGGAAUAGGGUUUGAGAUAUGUAGGCAAUUAGCUUCUAAGGGAAUCAUAGUGGUGUUGACUGCUAGAGAUGAGAAGAAGGGUUUUGAAGCCCUUGAGAAACUCAAAAGUGAUGGCCUCUCUGAUCAUGUGGUGUUCUGUCAACUUGAUGUUGUGGACCCAUCUAGUGUUGCUUCCCUUGCUGAUUUUAUCAAGUCCAAAUUUGGAAGGCUUGAUAUCUUGGUAUGAUUCACAACCCAAUUC